UACACUGCUACCUACUGGGACCUCAUUUCUCAGUCCUCAUUUCUCAGUUUUGAUUAACUGUUUAUGUGAAGGGUCUGAAGGUAGGUGUUACAGCAUUGUAGCCAUGUUUAUUAGGGUAAAUUGGGAUCAUUAUGGAAGCAGGACAGGAGAACCACUAUAGAUUCCUAGAGAAUUAACACAGCAGUUUAGAUCUAUCUUAGCUGGUUAGGAGAAUGAGGGUAAGGACAAGGGUUCGUUUUAGGUUAAAUGCUACAAUGACGCAUAUGGUCUGAUUGUCAAGGCAGAUAAUGCAAAGUAUUACAAUUUAGAUUGUAGGGAUGGUCCCAGUAGAUGGCAGUAAAGGGGUGCUUUCAUAAUGAGAUCUACGGUUGGACCCAUCUUCUCACUAAUGAAAACACCUUCUUGUUGACGAAAGGGUUAAUGAAAGAUGCAAGAACUGUGUGAUUGGAACCUGUGCUGUCUCUGAGCAUGUGCUGCAGCUACUGCUAGUCCAGGCUUCUACGAACUGCAGCGAAGGAGAAUGUCAAUUGUCAUCCGACAACGGAGAGACCGGGAACCGUGUAUGACAUGAGCCGGACGGAAACGGGACUGUAAUACUUCGCCUUGACGGUGUCCGUAUCCAAUUCAUUGUUGAUUUCGCUGCAUCCAGUACGACAAGCGCAGGCGACAAUAGCACGACUUGGAUCCAUCAACAAACGGACACCCAGGGAUGGUCAAUGUCCACCGCUGUCUAACGCUUGUGGGUGAACAGGAGACGGCUGCUACGCUAAACCAACGAUCAGACGGAGAGGAACUCUUUGAGAACUGAGAGCGUACCUCACCGUGUGGUUUCCGUUCCACGUCUCGUCCGCCAAAGUGCCGACAAUGGCGCCGCCGCCGGUGCCUCUAACGGUCCUGUCUCGUUGGUACCUGUAUGCCAUCCACGGCUACUUCUGCGAGGUCAUGUUCACCGCUGCCUGGGAGUUCGUGGUCAACCGCAACUGGAAGUUCCCCGGCGUGACGAGCGUCUGGGCUCUGCUGAUCUACGGGACGUGCAUCCUCAUCGUGGAGCACAUGUACCUGGCCCUGCGAGCCCGCCGCUGCCCCAUGCUGCUGCGCUGCCUGAUCUACACGCUUUGGACGUUCGUCUGGGAGUUCGGCACGGGCCUGCUGUUAACCCAGUUUGACGCGUGCCCGUGGGACUAUUCCCAUUUCCAGUACAACUUCAUGGGGCUGAUCACUGCGGAGUACGCCCUGCCCUGGUUCUGCGCCUCUUUAAUGACGGAGCGGCUGGUUAUACGCAACACACUGCGGUUGCGGAUGGACCGGGACAGAGUGGAGGGGGACCCGGCGGACGCUGGCGGGGGAGGAGGGAGGAGAGAGUGGGGUGAACAAGGAGGAGCCAAUGGGUACCUAAAAGUGGACUGAGCAACACUGAAUCCCUAAAGUCACACUCGCACACUGAAACCUUUCCUUUGGGACGAAAACCGUUUUUCUUUGUUUUAUGAUUUACUGUAUUGUAUUUAUGUGUAGCUUCAAAAUGCAUUCUGAAGUAAGGUGCAAUAUGCAAUAGGUUUUAAUUCAUUGUCAUGGAGUAGGCUUUUAUAGAGCACCUGUUUCUAGAGGUGCAAUGCCAUAAACUCCUUAAAGUUUCAGAAUGGGGUAAUAAAUGGCAGCCAUUGCGGUGAGGGAUGAAUUUAACCUAGUCUUAGGGGCAUUAAGUGAUGCACUUUCUUAUUGUACAGGACAUUAACUGAGGCAUGUGAUAUAAGUAAAGUAAUAUAUAGUUAUUGAACACCUAAAAUAUUGCUGUAUAAUUUUGUGUCAUACAUAUUUUUUAAUUGGGAAAAAGUGCUAUUAUGUGAUAAAAUAUCAGUAUGUGUUGCAUUAACACCUAGUGUAGCGCUGUGGAAUGACUGCAAUGAAUUGAAAGUUGGCAUUAUUUCCUGAAACAUUUAUGGAAUCAUGCCUCUAUGAACUGUUUGAAUAGCUAGCUUACAAACAAACAGUGCAGAUUCUUAAAAUUAAUUAUUUCACACAACAUUUUAUCACUGCAAUGGCAAACCAUAACUGACAAAAUCCCUGAAGAAAAUGGCUCAUCUUUUAUAACCCCACAAUAAGGUGUAUGUCCAUUCUGAUGUUCAAAUUCCUGUUGUUAUGGUGAUAAACCAUAAUGCUUGAAAAUGCAUGCAGGAGGUGUCUUCCAAAAACAUUCUGUAUGCAACAUAGUUUGUUUCAGAAAACAAUAUUUUCAGAGAACCUCAGUUAUGUGUAAUCUUCUAAUGUAUUAUAUUGCAUAAGAAGUGUAUUUGAAGCAGCUAUACAUACAGUCAUACUCCUAAGUUAUUUGCCUAUUAAGAAAUUACUAUGGUCUCAGGUAACAACUUGUGAAUUGUGUGUUAUACUGCUAUUCCUGCUGUUUAUCUGUUCUUCCAAAUGAAAGACAAAUCCCAUAUCAGGAUUUCUGACAUUCAUGCGAUGUCAUUAUUACACUGUGAGCUAGGUUCAACAACAGACUUUGGGCCGAGGAUGUUGUCAAUACACUGAAAGAGCUGCUACCACCUAGUGGACUUGAUAGGGUACCACAUCUGACUGCUUGAUCUGAAGUCGCAAAAAUUAGAAUAGAUCUGUUUUCCUCCCUGAAAAAUCUUUGGGAUUUUCUUAUGAUGGCCGUUGCUUUAUGGCAUUUGUUCUGUUUUGAUGAUACAAAAUAAUGUGUAUCUCAAACAACAGCGUAAAUUCAAAAGCAAUUGAGAGGUGCUACUAUGAAUCCUUGACUCAACUUGGAAGUCUGCAGUUUAACAACUGUCUAUACUGGUAUUAAGUAGGACUUUGUGUACAGCUAUCUCUUUGUUCAACAAAUGCACUGCUUCGAUAAUACAAUUAUAAAUGAUGAAACUCA